AUGGACCAGAAGCAUACAUUUGAGGAGAAUGGCGUGUCGGAGGUGCGGAAGAGCUCCAUUGUGCACACCAUCAACUUGAACGAGAACUUGGAUGCAAAAAUCAGCAAUCCUCUCGCGGACAUUUCCUACACGGAUCUCAUGGCCGAUGUCGAACUCUUCGCGGAACAGAAAGGUCUCCAGGACAAAGUCGACCUGAUCAAGCGCGGUGCCCUGGUCGCGCAGUCUCCCAACGAUUUCGACAGCCUCGACAUCCUCGGCGAAGACGAGAAGGAGGCCCUCCGCCACGAAGCUGCCCACAAAUGGUCCCAUCCAUUGGCGCUCUACUUCACCAUCAUCACCUGCUCGAUCGGAGCUGCUGUUCAAGGAUGGGACCAGACCGGAUCGAACGGAGCCAACUUGUCUUUCCCCGUCGAAUUCGGCAUUGGAAAGGGAGAGACCAAAGGCGAUCCAAAUCAAGUUCGCGACCAGUGGCUCGUGGGUCUGGUCAACGCUGGACCUUAUAUUGGAAGUGCUCUCAUCGGCUGCUGGCUCUCGGACCCAAUCAACUACUACCUCGGCCGCCGUGGCUGCAUCUUCAUCUCCGCUGUCUUCUGUCUGCUCACUCCCAUCGGCGGCGCUCUGACCCAGACCUGGGAGGAACUCUUGAUUACCCGUCUACUCAUGGGUGUCGGUAUGGGUCUGAAAGGUAGCUCAGUGCCCAUCUUCGCCGCCGAGAAUUCGCCUGCCAGAAUCCGUGGAGCCCUGGUCAUGUCUUGGCAGAUGUGGACGGCAUUUGGCAUCUUCCUCGGAUUCUGCGCCAACUUGGCUGUGUACAACGUCGGUGACAUCGCCUGGCGACUCCAAAUUGGUUCGGCGUUCAUUCCUGCUGUUCCGUUGGUGCUCGGAAUCUACUUUUGCCCGGAAAGCCCUCGUUGGUUGAUGAAAAAGAACAAGUAUGACAAGGCAUACAAGUCUCUGUUGAGGCUUCGAUUUCAUCCAAUUCAAGCCGCCCGUGAUCUGUACUACAUCCACACCCAGCUUCAGAUCGAGGCCGCCAUUGUUGGCAAGAGCAACUACGUCACUCGCUUCACUCAGUUGUUCACUAUUCCGCGGGUCCGUCGUGCGACUAUGGCCUCGUUCGUAGUCAUGAUUGCGCAGCAAAUGUGCGGAAUCAACAUCAUUGCAUUCUAUUCCUCGACUGUCUUCAAGAACGCCGGUGCCAGCGCGCGCGAUGCUCUGAUCGCAUCCUUCGGAUUCGGUCUGGUCAACUUCGUCUUUGCCUGGCCAGCUAUCUGGACCAUCGACACGUUCGGCCGCCGCUCUCUUCUCCUCUUUACCUUUCCCAACAUGGCCUGGACCCUCCUCGCUGCCGGUCUCUGUUUCCUUAUUCCCGAGAGCAACCCUGCCCACCUUGGCCUCGUUGCCCUGUUCAUCUAUCUCUUUGCGGCUUUCUACUCUCCCGGCGAAGGCCCUGUGCCGUUCACAUACAGCGCUGAAGUCUUCCCUCUCUCCCAUCGUGAAGUCGGUAUGGGCUGGGCUGUGGCAACCUGUCUCUUCUGGGCUUCUGUCCUGUCCAUCUCGUUCCCGGCCAUCUUGGGUGCAUUCGGUUCGGUCGGUGCAUUCGGUUUCUACGCUGGACUGAACGUCAUUGCGUUCAUCAUGAUUUUCUUGUUCGUGCCAGAGACCAAGCAGCGCACGCUCGAGGAGCUCGAUUACGUGUUUGCUGUGCCCAGCAGGAAGUUCAUCAAGUACCAGACUACCCAGGCGGCACCAUGGUGGUUCCAGCGAUGGGUGUUAUUCAACAAGAACGCCACACUCGAGCCGCUCUACAAAUUCGACGACAAGAUUGCCUACGCCGUGCCGGCCAAGAAAAGCAGCGAGAUCUGA